UCAUAUCUAUAUUUCAUUAGAUCAUGCAAUCAGCUGAUUAGAAUUGGACUUAAACGGAUAUUAUAUUAUAAAUUUGUCAAAAAUUUUUUUGUCUUUUCAUCGAACAUGACUUUUUUCAAAGAAAAUAGCAAUGUUUUGAUAAUUCUAGAUAGUGAUAUUUCUAAUGACAACAUCGUAGACUUUAUCAGUGCAAUUCAAAAAUGUCUCAAUCAUGCGGAACAACUUUCAAUUGUGUCAACAAAAGAAUUGAAAAAAUGUAUCAAUUCUUCUAUUUAUGAUAUAAUUAUUUUUAUUUUUAAAUUAUCAUAUGCAAAUAUUAAAAUAUUUCUAGAAGAAUCUUUACGAUUGUUAAAACCAGAAGGUAUAUUAAUUAUUUAUGAAUCAUACCAACAAGAAAAUGUAUAUUCUAUUUUUGAUGAAAGAGUAUCUAGUUUGAAAUUGAGUGGUUUUAAAGUAAAAGCGCAAGAAUCUUUAGAUACAAAACAGUUAAAAAAUCUUUUGCUAAAUGUAUACAAUAAUAUUGAUAAUAUUUUCGAAAUAGUAGCAGAAAAACCUUCAUUUGAGAUUGGUUCUAGUGUAACACUUAAUUUUGGAGAAAAGAAAUCUUCUAAUAUAUGGAAAUUAGAUAGUGCUGUUGAUGAAGAAUUAAUUAAUGAAGAUGAUCUUUUAGAUGAAAGUGAUAUUGUCAAACCAAUAAUUAAUAGUUUACGAGUAUGUAGUACAACAGGUAAACGAAAAGCUUGCAAAGAUUGCACUUGUGGCUUAGCUGAAGAAUUAAGUGGAAAAACUGCAACAGAAGGAACUGUAAAAUCUUCAUGUGGAAAUUGCUAUCUUGGUGAUGCUUUUCGAUGUGCUAGUUGUCCAUAUCUUGGUAUGCCUGCGUUUAAACCUGGUGAAAAAGUAGUUUUACCUGAAAGUCAAUUAAAAGCAGAUUAAUGAAAUAUUUGUGAGUUAUAUAUAUUCUAUUUUUAUAAUCAUUUUUUGCAUGUAAUUAUUUUAAUAACAAUUUUUAAUGUUGUUAAUUCA